AUGGGUGUCCAUCUCCUGAAGACCAUGUACAGUGUGGUCAUUGUGGUGGUUGACAUCGCUGUUCACCGCCUGGAGACCAUGUACAGUGUGGUCAUUGUGAUGGUUGACAUUGUUGUUCAUCGCCUGGAGACCAUGUACAGUGUGGUCCUUGUGGUGGUUGACAUUGCUGUUCAUCGCCUGGAGACCAUGUACAGUGUGGUCAUUGUGGUGGUUGACAUUGCUGUUCAUCGCCUGGAGACCAUGUACAGUGUGGUCCUUGUGGUUCACAUCGCUGUUCAUCACCUGGAGACCAUGUACAGUGUGGUCAUUGUGGUGGUUGACAUUGCUGUUCAUCGCCUGGAGACUAUGUACAGUGUGGUCCUUGUGGUUCACAUCGCUGUUCAUCACCUGGAGACCAUGUACAGUGUGGUCCUUGUGGUGGUUGACAUCGCUGUUCAUCGCCUGGAGACAAUGUACAGUGUGGUCCUUGUGGUGGUUAACAUCGUUGUUCAUCGCCUGGAGACCAAGUAG